AUAUGCCAGUGGCGUAUCUUUUCUUAUAAGGAUAUUUAAUAUUUACGUCAUCCUGUUGACGAGAUUUUCCCAGCAGGCAGUGAACCAGUCAGACCAAGCAUGCAGCCACUUAGCUGGGAGAAUUGGUGUGGGGUGAGUCAGUAGCACGCUGUAUCUGCAGCCUGCGCCGGCUGGCGAUGAGGAAGGGACUCCUGUGCCGUUCCAUCUCCGAGUCAUGCAGUCCAGAAUACGGACUGUAAUGGUGGUGAAGAUGAUCAGCUGCCUUUUGAGAUGGUCUUUAAAAGGAAGAAGUACCACUCAACCAACAGAAAAUGAAUGAGUGUCAAGAGAAGACUUCUACCCAGCAUGAAGUGAUAAAGCUCUUCCCAUCUAGAGAAUUGAAAAUCAGUCAUAAACGUCAGAAUUAGCAAAAACAGUACCUGUGCUGCAUACCUAUGUGGAUUUGAGACCCCAGCAAGGAUGCAGUUGUGCUGUGACUCCGUGAAUGGCUCUUGUGUAAGGAGCAGCUGGUCAAACAGUACCCGUUUUUCCAUGUACAUCUUCAUGAUUUGCGUUAUUCUGGCCACAGUGGUUGGAAAUCUGGCAGUUAUCAUCUCAAUAUCACAUUUCAAGCAGCUCCACACGCCUACAAAUUUCCUGAUACUUUCAAUGGCUACUGUAGACUUCCUGCUGGGAUUCUUGGUCAUGCCUUGCAGUAUGGUGCGCUCUGUUGAGCACUGCUGGUAUUUUGGGGAGUUCUUCUGCAAGAUCCACACGAGCAUGGACAUUAUGCUGAGCACAGCUUCUAUCUUCCAUCUUUCCUUCAUAUCCAUCGACCGUUACUAUGCUGUGUGUGACCCUUUGAGAUACAAAUCAAAGAUAAAUACUUUUGUCAUCGUGGUCAUGGUGUGUAUAAGCUGGAUGGUCCCUGCUGCUUUUGCUUUUGGGAUGAUCUUUCUAGACCUAAACUUGAGAGGGGCAGAAAAGAUUUAUAAACAUGUCCACUGUGCAGGAGGAUGCUUUCUCAUUUUUAGCGAAACUUCAGGUAUUGUGGCCUCUGUAGUUUCUUUUUAUAUCCCUGGGUUUGUUAUGCUGUACAUCUACAGGAAAAUAUACUCUGUAGCCAAGAAACAGGCAAGAUCCAUCGAUGCAAUUAGCAAAAAAAAGAUGCAAUUUGAAAUGAAGCACCACAUUUCAUUCUGCAGAGAAAGGAAAGCCUCUAAGACUUUAGGUAUAAUAAUGGGAGUGUUUCUCAUCUGCUGGACUCCAUUCUUCUUCUUUACAGCUACAAAUCCAUUUAUGAAUUAUGUGAUACCUCCUGUUCUCCUUGAUGCUUUGGUUUGGUUUGGCUAUUUAAAUUCUACAUUUAACCCAAUUGUUUAUGCAUUUUUUUACAUGUGGUUUCGCAAGGCAUUGAAGAUUAUUCUGUUUGGAAAAGUUUUUCAACAGGACUCUUCCAGGACUCAUUUGUUUUCAGAAUAAGGUGCUUUAAAUGGUUGGAUUCAUGGCCUUGAACUUUUGCCUGGAGGCUGAACUCCCAGAUGUAAGAGCUGUGAAGGAAGGAAAUACCUGUUUGUUUGCCUAUUUACUGAAUGUAGUUCAAGCAGAUAAGCAACCAUGGUGCUUUACCUUUAUGUAUUCUUUCAUUCCAGACUGGGUUUUGUAUGUGGUGUCUUGAUUAUAUCUAUUUAUUUGCAAUGCACAGAAGAGCAAGGCUUCCAUUUUAAAAACUUAGAGCAGUUUAUAUCCCUGAUUUUCAUAAUUAAAAAAAUAUUCUGACACAACAGAUUAGUUUCUUGAACAAGGUGUGUUUAUAUUAGAAUAUUCGUGUUCACUUGUGUUCUCCUCUAGAAAGAGCAGAAAAACCUUUUCCUUUGGAUUUCUUGGUGUCUUUGGCCAAUAAGCCAAAGCUCUCUAAGUUUUGCCCUUCCCUUUCCAUAUGUGUGUAGAGCUCAAAACAGGCCAAUAACCAAUCAUACCAGUACACUCCAUGGAGGGAAGGUGAGGCAGAGAAAGGUUGUGCUGCUCUUUCUGUUUUGAUAUCAACUAAUACUUGUCACUUACGAGUCUGUCACUUAAAGGCUUUGCUAUUUAAUGAGAUCAAAAGCUUGUUUAACAAGACCAAAGACAAGAAAAAAUAUGAAGUAUGAAGUGAAAAGAAAUUGCAAAAAAAAGGCAUUGCACCUGAGAAUGCCAGAAAAUUAUGUCUAUCUAAUGAAUGUUUAGAUGUAAAACAUUAUUUGUUACUUUGCAUCUUAGGGAACAUUUUUUUGUCUUGGACAUAUUGUUCUUUUGUCUCAUGGAAAUGCUGUAAGAGCUUUAGAGGAAAGCAUAUUUAUUCCCUGCAGAAGAAGGUGUUUCCAUAUACAGAUUGCUGGUGACCUUCACCUACACCUUAGAAGGCUGUCCUCCUUGUUCUUAAUAAACUUAUAAAUAAGUUACUUAAUAAAUAAGUUACUUAUAAAUAAGUUACUUAAUAGAAGUAUAAGCCAGCUUUGCGCAUGGCCCAACUCAGAAAGUUUCAGAAAUAACUUUUUCCUCUUGUGUCCUAUUACCUAAAGGUGGCACUCUCCCAAAGAGCCUCCUUGUCUUCUAUUUACAGAGGCCUUCUCUAGCACAGUGACUGUGAGGAAGUCCCAGGUUACUUUCUCUCAUUAGCUCUGAUCACAGACAGUGUGAAGCUAUUUCCAAGUGUGAGGGUGAUGUGCAAAUGAGAUGUGUUAAUGAGGCCAGAGGGACUCU